GAAAGGCAUUUAUCGGCAUAUGCCGAUCACGUGAUUUUUCACGGAAAUGGGCCGAUACUGAUCGGUGGCCGAUCGAUCGAAGCAUCCCUAUCCCUGUGAUGUGUCGUCUCGGGAAUCAGUCUGGCUAGUUGUGUUUAUUGGCAAAGAGGCUCCAUGUUAACGGACGGCUUUAAACUUGUUAGCAGUUUGAAACCUUUUAACAACAUCCUGAAUGCAACACACAUCAGACACGAGGCAAUCACAGGCGAUUCCACGAAAAAUAAGCAGCAACGAAUGCUUCAAACCUUUCUGUUGCCAGUGCAUGAAAGCAAGCUUGGUUGAGUUUGUUGUGGUGUGGAAGAAGCCCCGUCACACACAGCUGACCUCACAAAUGGACAAAUAUUCCCUCAAACAACAUAGCAUUCAUAGCAAAGAAGGGGAAACUUCCUGUUUUUUUGAGCAUCCUGCAAAGAAGUUGCUAAAAAUAUGUCUGCAAUGCUGGGAGGAGUGAGGUCAGAGGAAAUCUCUAGUGAAGGCUUUAGGCUCAUUAAGAAUGAGGAUUGAUCUCUGCAACACCUCCUGCCGGAGAGGCAGCAGCUCCGGCUCGGCUUGGGCCAGCUGGCGCAGGAGAAACUUGCAAGGACCCAUUUAACCCCUCCCCUUAAUGACGGUGAUGAUGGCCACCAUCGGGCCAGUCCUGGUGAAUAUUCAGUUAUCUUCAUCUUUCAUCAUAGGAUCUUGCAAUGGUUUGGGUGACAAAAAUCCCCCAAAAAGGGAAACUGGUGGCCUUUCCAGUGGCUGAGCAUUUAAGUUAAAAGUCCAUCUCUUGUGUCUUGUAAUGAAGGGAUUAGCGCACACUCUCGCUAUACAAGCCAUUCUCCGGCGCACAAUAGCUUUUUUUGAAAGAAAGUUUUGUCAAGGCUUCAUUAGCGAUGGCCUCCAACCGGGCGCUGAAUGCAGGACACAUUUGGAGCAAUUACUUGGGCAGAAAACAACUGUCAGUCAUUCUUAAAGGGGAAGGAUCCCAAUGAAUAAACCUCUUAAUCCUUGGUCUUCCUUACAUCCUUGUGGUCAUUUGUGGGUUUUUUUACGGGUUAGUUUGGUUCGUGGACAAGAUGCCGUCAGCAUAUCCUUUGCUCACUUGAGUGCAAGGGGAGGGGGAUUUGGAGGACUUAACGUGGAGCAACAAGUGCCACUGAAGACUGGAUAGUGUCAGUCGACUGCUUAGAGGCUACAGGGACACCAUGUGCACAAAGUAGAAGCUAACAUAGACAAUCAUGUGAGUUUGUUGGACUUUUUGCAAGCAGCACUCGGUCCGUUUGCUUGGCCUGUCCUGACUAGGAAGUGACCCAGAAACCCAACUUCGACAUUCCGCAAACACCCAAAUACGGAUGCAUUUGUCAAUGGAUGCCCUGGGAAUGGUGGAAGACGGUUGCCUAGACAACUAUGACAUGGCAAAAGGUGCCAGCUCCAGCUCCUCCGGGGUCAGGGUCCACAGCAUCGAUGUCAUCCUGGGCUUCACCAAAGACCAGGACCCUCUGCUCCACGCUGUGGAUGAUGACAGCCAAAAGGGUGGUAGGGAAAACGCAGACAAGCAGGACCCAUACGGACAUCUUGCAGAACUGGGUGGUGACAACCCUCAACAUUCGUCCUACCAUGCUUCAGACCUGUUCUCCAGCGACAAGUGUGAUGAAGGGAUGAGCGGCAUGCAAAAGGACACAGACGUGGCCGAGGACUCACCCAACAACAAUGUGGAGGAAGAGCACUCCAAAAAGAAACACCGGAGGAAUCGCACCACCUUCACCACCUACCAGCUGCAUGAGCUGGAGCGCGCUUUCGAGAAGUCACACUACCCAGACGUCUACAGCCGCGAGGAGCUGGCCAUGAAGGUCAACUUGCCCGAGGUCCGCGUCCAGGUGUGGUUCCAGAACCGCAGAGCCAAGUGGCGCCGUCAAGAGAAGAUGGACACCACCACCAUGAAGCUGCACGACUCCCCCGUGCUUUCCUUCAACCGGCCACCGAUGCCCCCAAGCGUGGGGCCGGUGACCAACGCUAUGCCCCUGGACCCCUGGCUCACCUCGCCCAUUCCCACUGCCACGCCCAUGCACACCAUUCCCGGCUUCAUGGGCUCGCCUCAGGCACUGCAGCCAGCCUAUCCCGGCCAUGGCUUCCUCAACAGCCCGCCUGGCUUGGUGCAAGGGAUGCAGCCCAUCGGGGGGCCACCGCCCUACCAGUGCUCAGCUGGCUUCAAUGACAAAUACCCCAUGGAGGACGACAGGAGUUCCAGCAUCACAGCACUCAGGAUGAAGGCCAAAGAGCACAUUCAAUCCAUGGACAAAACAUGGCAACACAUGUGAUCAGUCACAUGAGGCUUUUUUUUUUGUUUUUGGCUGCUCCAGUUGAAUGUUUACAAACUGUGUUUUGCAUCAUGAAGAGGAUUUACAAGCACAGGAACCGUUUCUCACUGAGAACACACUUGUCUUGGAAAGAAUUGAAUGUACUGAUUUGGAUGGAUUUAUUAAGAACACAUUUUUGGUCAAAUAUGCAGAAUUAUACACAGUAUAUAUAUGUAGGGGGCAAGGGGAAGAAAAGACUUGUCAUUAGAGGUUCUUGUCAUUAGUCAUGAUGACUUCAAACUCUGGUGACUUGUGUUUCUUUAGGUUGAACACUCUUCUAUUAGAAUAAAUGUCUGGACUGUCACUUUAGAUGUCUGCACCUAUACUUUAAUUUCUGUGCUUUAUGGGCGUCCAAAUAGCACAGAAGACUUGAGUUGUGAUCAAUAUACAGUAUAGUAUAUACUUUGUACUUCAGAUCGGACUCACACAGGCUUAAGAAUGAGCAUUAGAUGGUCAGGAUGUGCUAAUUUGAUGCUAAAGUGCAUCAAAUCGGGCCCUUUCAGGGCACAAGGAGGCACAAGAAGGGAAGCCUGUUCCGAGUUAAAGAGUGUAAUCUGGCCCAGGAGGCUAAUUUAAACAGACAAGCCUGCCUCUUAACACCUAAUUACUGUUUUUAAAGCGAUUAAGUCCAGAUCCUCACUCAUAGACAGAAUGCCCUCAGAUGGCCCCUGAAAAAAGGUUUGCAUGACCUGAUUAUCACUGAAUGUCCUCUGCCCCCGUGAUUCUUCAUCUUGUCACCAUCAUCAUCCACAUGCAGCUUGUUGACAAAAUGCUCACAUGAUUUGGAAUGUUCUCACUCAUUCACCUUGACUUGGCCAUGUUUUAAGUCACGUUUGAAAACUGUAACUGUCAAGCAACUGUGGAAUAACUAACACAAAGUAAAAUUCACCCUUUGACAGGCACGUAGAAAGUAUUUGUAGGUAUUAGUCACCUUGUGGCCGUUUAGAGAUGAUACUGAUAAGUUUCAUUUCCUGUUCUGUGGUUAUCAUAACACCUUUCCAUCUUUGCCAUCACUGGUACCUUUUUAUGCUGAUAACACAACCCCAAAAAAUAACCACACCAAAGUCAUAUAUAAAAAUAAUAACAAUAAUAUAAUAAAAUAAAAUCAUGUAAAUAUAAUGUAAGAUGUUCAGGGCAUUUUUGGUACGCAAGUGUAAAAAUACCGUAUAAUAAAACAAACUCAAAGUAAAAGUACUCACCCCUUGAGGACGUUUGGGAGAAGAUGUUUGUAGAGGCAUACUGUCACCUAGUGGCCUCCAUAGGCAUUGCUGGUAAGUUCCAUUUCCAGGUCUAUGGUUAUCAUCACACUUUCAUCCCUCUGUGGUGACGUCACAGAAAAAAAACACAAAAAAAUUCAAAGAAACAGUAAAACAUGAACUUUCACAAUAUUGAACUCCAUAUUUAUAGCACUUUUGGGGCGAGGUUUCACAAUAUUGUUGGCAUUGUUGGCAACAUUUUGUAAUUCUGCAAUUACCACCGGUUAGACUGCUAAUAACAGAAAGUCAUAAUAGAAGUAUUAGUGUAACUUGCUGUAUGCAAUGUGCAAAAAGGCUAACGAUUAUGGCAGUGCUACUGUAAGACUUGUUUUUCUUGCGCCACACACACACACACACACACACGCCUAAUUAAUGAGUGCCGCCGUACAAUUGGCCGCCCAAGCCUGCCGCGACACAGCAAGCUGCCUUGAUGGCGACCUGUGGACGUGGCGAUUUGCCAGGCCUGUUAGGCUGAUGAAGCUCCACUCCAUCAGGCUCGAGCAGGGGGUGUCGAGACACCUUCCCACUGCGAGCUUAUACACCAGCUCACAAAAUAAAUGUGGUUCUAUCUAUUAUUUUCUAUACGUCAAUUUUCCAACUGUCGAAUGCUUCAGGAAGCAUGUUCAUUAUUCCUUAGAACAACGCUGUAACAGCCUCACAAAAACAAUAAAUACAUCUCAAGAUAUCAUAUCAUGUUGGCCAAUACUGGAA